AUGGACCUCCGUGAUAUCCUCGCUACCACUGGCUUCGUGACUUAUGGCCUGCAACACCCUUUGGAAGGCUUGUCGAGCUUCGGCCCUACCCUGAGCGAGGCCACUUUCGGCCUCCUGGGCUCCUCAUUCAAGCCGGAGCGCGACCUCCCUAGCCUGGAAGGCAAGACUAUUCUCGUCACCGGAGGCAACACCGGUCUCGGCAAAGAAACCAUCCUCCAGCUCGCCAAACACCAUCCCUCGCGCAUCUACCUAGCCGCACGCACCGAGACCAAGGCCCGCGAUGCCAUCGCCUCCAUCCAGUCGGAGCUCGUUUCCCCCGCCGAUAUCCGAUAUAUCCCACUAGAUCUGAGCUCCUUUAAAUCGAUCCGCGCCGCGGCAGACAAAUUCCACGCGGAGAGUGACCGGCUGGACCUCCUGAUUCUCAAUGCCGGGACCAUGGGCAACCCGCCCACCAAGACCGAGGAAGGAUUCGAGGUGCAGCUGGGCACCAACCAUAUCGGCCAUCAUCUGCUGACGAAGCUCCUGCUCCCGACGCUGCAGAAGACUGUCGACGAGAUCCGUGCGAGCGACAGCAAUGCGAUCCCAGAUGUUCGCGUCCUCACGUUGGCAUCUGCCGCCCAUGCAAUCAGUCCGGUAACCUUUACCGAGCUGACCUCUACGCCAUCCCUUCUGUCAACGAGUACCUGGCACCGCUAUGGCGCCUCCAAGGCGGCGAAUAUCUUCUUCGCCGCGGAGCUCGCGCGUCGACACCCGGACAUUCUUUCGGUGUCGGUGCAUCCGGGUGCAGUCAACAGCGAUCUAUACGCCCAUGCCAAGGCGACCAGCUCACUUUUGAAAUACAGCUUAACUGCAGUCACGUCAUAUUUCUUCCGAAACACCGGCACCGGCGCAUUGAAUACGCUCUGGGCGGCCGGAACGCCGAGGAAGCAAGUGGUCAAUGGAGGCUACUACAGCCCCGUCGGCGUCCGGUGUGACGGCACUAAGUUUGUUCAAGACGCCGAGAUGGGUCGAAAACUGUGGGAUUGGACUGAGGCCCAGAUUUCCGAGCGGAGUUGA